AAGUGAUCGUUUACAGUUAUAGUCAGUCCGCAUUGGGCGCUCGGCCGGCCCUGACUGUAGUAUCAGCACGCCAGUCGGCUGAUAAAGCUACGCGUUCUCUCGGAUUUUCGGACAGGCGACGGUCCCUCUUCCGCCGGAAGCCCGGAAUCGUGACAGUGACUUGAAACGGCCGUUCUCCCCGCCACGCUCCUUGCCACGCCGGCAUUUAUUUAAAUACCCUUCUUGUUGCUGAUAAUUUUGUCGCUGGCGACAUCAUCACUUUCGAUUUUGAAACUUGACAGCGGCUGUAAUCAACGGCACGUCAUUGGCACGGACCAUCAUCGGGCCAAGUAGCGAUCAGUGAUUAAUUUAGUGGCAAGAUCAAUGAGUGUCGUGUGAAAGGAAAAGUGCGAGACAUUCGCCGGCGAAAAGCGCGCUGGGCUCUCGACGACGCUAGUUUCAGUGAGCGUGCACUCGUCACACUUACACCGGGCACUGAUGGAGAAUAAUCGACCGACGAGAAGAAUCGAACUGUGAUUCUGAUCAAGAUAAUGCGAAGCCUGGAUAGGCUAUCAGGUAGCGACCAAGAUUGUGGUGAUCGGGAAAUGUACAUCGACCUGGACGACGCCUCCGUCGACUCGCUUACCGGAAAACGUAGUCGCCACCAUGUCGUUGGCGCGGAGGUGGGCGAGGAGAGCGACAGCAGCGGAAGCGAGAGGAGUCCGAAACAAGCGAAGAGAAGAAAUCGCGGGAGUGCACCACCGACCACGAGGAGACGGAAAAGCGGGAUUUCCGCACGAGAAAGGAAUCUAAGGAGGCUCGAGAGUAACGAGAGAGAGAGGAUGAGAAUGCACUCGCUCAAUGACGCUUUUGAGCAAUUACGCGAGGUGAUACCGCAUGUAAAAAUGGAGAGGAAGCUCAGCAAGAUUGAAACGCUCACGCUCGCUAAAAAUUAUAUAAUGGCACUGACGAAUGUCAUAUGCGAGAUGCGCGGCGAGGAGCAACCGUACACGUUUGUCGAUGGCGAGUGCGGUUCCAGCAGCGGUGACAGCACCGGUCAAUUAGAAUUAAGUGGAGGCGAGCAACCUGACGAAUCAUCGCCCGCGUCGAUCCACGAGACCAACAACAACAGCCUUCUCCAUGAAGAUCUAGAACGCAGGAUUUAAGAAAAAUUCGAUCUAAACGACGCGGCGUGUCGAGUCACACACGUGUUAUACGCACACACACGUACAUACGUACGCACAUACAUGUACACGUACACAUACAGACUCUGUGAUAAAAUAUCAUAUUAGUGCCUUUCGUAAGGACAACAAUCCGCGACGAUUCACUCAUUAUCGCCAUAGAUCUUUGUAGAUCGUCAAACGUUCUUCGAAAUACCGCGCUGAAAUGAUUAAAAGUAAUUCCGCAGAUACACGAGACUAAUGAGAGAAACGCAAAAAUGGGUAGGAAGGAAAGCAAGAGGAAAGAACAGGGAUAAUGAAGAAUAAAAGAAAGAGAAAGCAUAAGAGAUAAGGUGAACAAGAAAAGAAUAGGAGAGAAAAAGAGAAAAAGACAGGAAGAGUGCGCGUAUUAGAUUAUACGUACAGGAUGUUUCAGAUCUAGCGCGUAAUCUUUCACAAGCAGAGAUUUCUCGAUGAACCGAACGUCGAUAGGUGUAUAUCCUUAGAAGAAACUUCGCAGGAAGCCAUCCUUUUUAUAAUUUUUAAUAGACCGACCUUAGAUACUUCGUUAGGCAAACAUCGAUUUAAGAUUCCGAUAGUUGAAGCAACGUCCAUUUGAGAUUAGUUGAGGAAGAGCGCUUUCUUAAGGAUAACAUUACGUAGUCUUGAAUUCCUCAAGCUCAAUUAAUCGAAAUUGUAUAAUUUACAAUUACUUACAAUUUAAAAGUCAUUAAUGCGGUAAAAUUGACGCAAACAUUAAUCAGAAUUUUUCCUUAGUCUCUUAUCUAUGAUUGAGAAAUAAUGUAUACUUUUCCAAAUACGUCAAUGUAAUGAUGUGGUCAAGCAGACGCGCGCUCGCUGUAAAACGUAUAUCGCAAAAAAGAGAGGCACGGGAUAUAGAUUUGCAAUGUACAGCAUAUCAGAUGUAUCGGCAAUAACGGUUGUGCAAAUUCAUGUCGCGAUUUUUUUCUGGAUCGUAGAAUUUCCAUUAAUUUAUUCCUUUAUCGACAUUGUCAAUCUAGCGCAAGAUGUUAUUAUGAUAAUUAUCGUAAUUAGAGAUUAAUAUCACUUCUGUUUCUCUAUUACUAAUAUUAUAUUAUUCUGUCGCUGCUGCAACUAUUAUUACUAGUACUACUAUUAUUGCUAUCGCUACUACACUUAUCACCUCUAUUAUUUUAUUAUUUCUACUAUAUUACCGCUAUUUACUACUAUUACUAUACUAUUACUAUCGCUAUUGCUACUGCUACUAUUAUUAAUACUAUUAUUAUGUGGUAUCAUUGUUACGCGGUUACUAGAUAUUAUUAAUUAUCUCUUAAUACCUUGAUCUUAUUAAUAUCUCUUAAGAAAUUAUUAUUACUGUUAUUACGAUUGUGCAUUAUUACCAUUAUUGUUAUUUUAUUAAAUUAAUAACACAUUAUUUGAAUGUUCCAUUAGUAAUAACAUUAUCUGUUGCAACAUGCAUUUCACUUUAUAAUCUUCAUUGAUUAUUGGAUAAUUAUAAUCUCACUCACCUGUUUUACAAAAUUUUUGUUUACGCGACAAAUCGAAUGCGAUUAGCGCCUAUUAUUGGUUAGCAAAUAUAUCUUUCCCAUAAAUUACAUAGCAUACCGUUUUGGAUAAUUAUUAACAUUGUAAAUUAUUUUUCAGUCACAUAACUUUACUUAUUCUCCAUGUCAAUUGCAAGUCUACUAUGAUUACUACUAGAAAAUAUCAUUACAUCAUUACAGUUAUUGUAACAUUGUUAUUACCAUUCUCAUUAUCGUCCUCAUUGUUAUUAUCAUUGCCAUGAUCAUUGUGAUGGUCACUACAUGCAUCAUUAAUAUAAUUAUCUUUUAUUCUUAUUGAUAUUAUUAUAAAAGUAAUGUACUAGUAUAGUUCGAUAUUACAUCUACGCAAUUCUUUGUAUAUGCGAGUACGUAUCAUUUCCAUAAUCAUUAAUUAAAAAAUUAGGAUUUAACUGCGUCCCUCUCUUUCAAAAGACAGAACUACACAGUAAAACCGAAGUCAGCUUCUCAAUGUUUAUGGAAACGAUCCUGCCAUGAAAGAUUACAUGGUGUAUAUCUUUAUUACAUACAAUAUUUUAUCAUGUAAAUAUUAUAUACGCGUUGUGUUUUAAGAGUUUUACACAAGAAUAUACAGAGUGAUUCACC